GCUCGCUAGGAGGCGGCUCGUUCGCUGCCUUAGGUAUGGCUUCUAGAGGAGUUCGUGUGUCGUUCUGUGACGGGCUGGAUUAGUCUGUCGGGUUGCGAAGGGCCUGCGAAAGACGUAACUCAGCCACUGCGGGCAGUGUUUGAAGAUGGCCCUGAACUGUGUGUCCUUGUCCGCUGGCGACCAAAGAAACAGGGCGGCCUACCGCGCUCUCCCAGGCGACCGCAGCCCGUCGGCCUCCGCGUGGGCCAUGGUGUCUGGAGACGGCUUCCUCGUUGCCAGGCCUGGGGCGGUUCGUCCGGGACCUCGGCAGGCGGUGCGACCAAACAUUCGAGAGAGCCGUCGAGUGACCGCGAGCGGCCGCAGCCCGCCCAGCCUUAUAAACGGAAGAGACCCGGAUGCCCGGAGCCGAGGCCACCAAACCAGAUUCUCCCCGUACCCGCCCCGCGGCGUUAAACUGGACCUCCUAAGAAGCGUGCUGCAACAGCGGCUGGUCGCGUUGGGCGCUGUCCUCGCAUCCCGAAUAGCAGCCUGAAGCGAAUGCCUCCUCCCAGUUAGCUUGUGAACAAGGCCUCUGUAUAACCGC